AUGGCCUCCUGGAACAGUCAAGAGACAACAAACGAGCACUUGCUCCCAUACCUCGAUGCCGAGACCGCUCCGCCGGAAGUCAAGGCCGGCAUGCGAGCGUUGCCGGUAGAGCGCAACAUCUUCAAGAUUCUGGGCCACUCCACCGUCAACUUCCCGCCCUUCAUGAAGCUCCUGACAAGCCAGUGGCACGCAAACCGCACGCUGCGCUCGUCAGACUGGCAGACAGCUGUACUGCGGACCGCAGCGAUCCUGGACGCACCCUAUGAGUGGGAAGUGAACGAGCCGGUGGCGCGCAUCUUCGACUUUAGCGACGAGCAGCUUGCCGCUUUGAAGAAUCCGCAUAUGGAGUUGCCCGAAGCCCUGUUCUCUCUGCGUCGCCGCCUCAUUGCACGCGCAAUCGAAGAGCUCAGCGGUGCUGAGAACCGCAUCACGCCGGAGACGCUAGAGCGGGUAAAGGGGGUACUUAACACGGAGGAGAUUCUCGAACUUCUGUAUAUGCAUGGCGUUUAUUCAUUUCUCGCCCGGGUCAUGAAGACUGUGAAUAUCGACUCAGACGGCCCUAUUCCGGGGUUGGAGGGUUCGCUGAGAAAGUACAACGCUACAGCGAUCGAAAAGGAGAGGCGGUGCAAGGAUUGA